AUUAUUUUUUUUCAUCCAAAUCAGAUUAUCGGAGAAGCUUCUUUUUUUCAUGUAUGGGGGCUCUAUUUAUCUCUCUUUAGUUCAUCCGACGAACCCUAGCCCCAAUUCUAUUUACCGGGCAAAACUCGCCGGAUAUCAAGUACUCAUGCAUCGAUUCAUUCGAUGAAUUUUUCGUUGUGAAUAAAUUGAAUAAAUUGAUCAGAAAGAGGAACGGUAAUCAUUUUAUCGACUUCUCUGCUCGGAAGAGAAAGGCGCAAUCGAUUGGAAGAACCGGAGGGUUCGUGAUUCGAAUUGAGUUUUGCAGCUGUUCGGUUGGAGUCGCGGCUCUUAAUCUCAAAGUUACCGUCAGGGAUUCUGAAGCUGUUUUGGUGCUCGCGGCAUCUCAAGGAGAAGGAGCUUUUGUUCGUUCCAUCGAUCUGCGGUGUUUUCCUGAUUCGACGGAUUGGUCGCUGGUGGCGGAAAAAUCGAUUUUUUCUUAUCGAUAUUCUCAUCGGAGGCACUGUUUACAGCGCAGAAGUUGAAGGCUUUGUUGAUCAGGCCCAUGCGACCAUCGAUUCGUCCCGUGCCGGUUGCUGAAGAGAAAUUGGUUUGAUCUUUCUUUGGAUUGUUGAAGAGAAGAAAAGAAAAGAAAAAGCAUAGAUAUUUUUCUUUGAAUUUUGUACUAUUAUUAUCUCUUUUUUUUUUUUGGGAGUGCAAAUACAGGCCAUACGAUAAAUUUUGGUGGCCAUUAUUCAUGUUUGUUGUUGAUUUAUCUCUGUGAAAAAAAGGAAAAGAAAAGUUUUUGAAGGAAAUUCCCGAAAACAAAUAUGGCUGUUCAUUUUCAGUUUAAAAGUUCAACUGUUAAGGAAUCAAUUCCAAUUGAUGGACACUUUAUAACAGUUGGGAAUUUGAAAGAAAAAAUUAUUGAAUCCAAGCAGUUGAGAAGGGGUAAUUUUGACCUCAUCAUCACCAACUCCCAGACUAAGGAAGGUUGGUUUGGCUCUUACUGUCAACCUAUUAUCUUUUUUCAAUGAGGUGCAUUCUGUAGGUUUCAUCCUGAACAGUUCUGAGUAAGAGCCAGUUAGUGAAAUCAGUUUGCUCACAAGCGUAGAUGUUUUGUAUUAGUUUAUAAAUUUGUGGUUACUCCUUCCGUCUCUAGGAAUUUCUGUUUUCAGCUGUGUUUCAAAAGCUUUUCUAAUUGGUUUGGAAAAACCUUUACCUGUUUCAUUCAAUGUCUGAAUGAAUUAUUGACAUGUGAUACUCUCAUGAUGUGUAACAUCAUAAGUCACCUCCUGAAGAGAGGACAUGGGGGAUCAAGUCCUGCAAUUUAUGAUUGGAUGUGUCGAUUUGCUUGUUUGAGAGUACUUUGUAUUUAAGCAGGGGAAACGGCAAGUGGUGUUUGUCGAAUGGCGGGGUAAAUUUGAUAAAUGGAGACUUUGCUGAUAAACUUGUAGUGAACUUUAGUGGUCGGAGAUCGAACAUUCUCUUAUACGCCAGUGAAACAGAUCAUGAUAUUUAUGCUCUUAAAAUUUAGUCUAAGUUUGUGGGAUUCAUGGAUUCUUUAUUGCUUGUAGUUACCUUAAGUAUCCUAUGGUGGGGGGCAUCUUUUUAAAUUUUGUCAGAAAACUGUGGUUAGUAGCUUUUGUGCUCCUGAAUUUUGUGAGAGAUUCUUUUACGAUCUGAGUGCUCUGUAAUAAAGCUCCAUCCUGGCUAGACUGUCCUUUUAAGAUCAGAUCAUACGGUUAUUUCUCUUUCAAGUUUGAAGCUUUAGUUUAUCCCCAUUAUUCUGGAGAGGGAGAACACUUGUGAAUAACCGCUAUCAUGCCAUUGAAAUCUGUCUUAUUGCACAUUGAACUUGCUUAGAAUGUGUUUUUUGCAUCAAAAGUUUGCUUUUGAGUUCUUAUAGCUUUUUGGAUGUUUGAAUUUCAGAUUAUUUUGAUGAUUCAACUUUGAUCCCGAGGUAUAGCACAGUUUUAGUUCGUCGAGUACCUGCUCAGACUCUAAUGCCUAUAGUUACAGCACCGGUUCCUGAACCUGAAGAGUAUUAUCCUCAUCCCUUAAACUAGUUUGUUCCAUUGGGUUCAAUUAUCUCUAGAAAGUAUCUUUUGUCAGUUUCAGCUACAUGUUACUUUCUGUGAGACCUGUUGUAAUUGGUAGAAGACAUGUUUGUUGCAAUUGAGACUAGAAAAGUUCGUUCUGUGAUAAAAAUUGCAUGAGAUAGAUUAUGUUAUAGACUAACUUAACUUAUGAGAGCUCUUAAAUGUAGGCUUUUUAGUUAAUUUAGGCUUUAAUUGAGUUUGUUCUGUAUGCCUUCCAUUGCAGACUGAACAUGGAAAAUGAAACUGGUGACAACCAAACUGUAAAGAGUGGCCUCAUAGGAGUACAUUCUUCUGAAGUGAAAUAUCAGCCUGAAGAUUUAGAAUGGGAUGAAUUUGGGAAUGAUUUGUAUGCUAUUCCGGAAACAUUGCCGACCCAAUCAGGCAAUGCUGUUCCGGAUGCUCCUCCUCCUAGUACCGGCGAUGAGGACAGUAAAAUCAAGGCCUUGAUCGAGACACCUGCUUUAGAUUGGCAGCGGUGAGAACUCUUUUGCACUAAAUAUUUUAUACUGGAUCUGUGUAGUUUUGUGGUUUGUCACUUUGCCUUUUUGGUGAUCUCUGAGAAUCUUACUUUGAGUUUCAGCCAAUCCUCUGAUGGUUUUGCUCCUGGUAGAGGUUUUGGACGUGGUAUGGGUGGAAGAAUGAUGAGAGGCCGUGGUUUUGGUCGAGGUGGAUUGGAGCGGAGUACACCACCCCAGGGUUAUAUUUGUCACAGGUGCAAGGUUCCAGGUCACUUUAUUCAACAUUGCCCUACAAAUGGCGAUCCUAAUUAUGACAUUAAGAGGGUUAAACCUCCGACUGGUAUCCCAAAAUCUAUGUUAAUGGCGACACCCGAUGGCUCAUAUGCAUUGCCAAGUGGAGCUGUUGCAGUUCUGAGACCAAAUGAGGCGGCUUUUGAAAAAGAGAUUGAGGGUCUACCUACCACACGUUCUGUUGGUGAUCUUCCACCCGAACUCCAUUGUCCUUUAUGCAAACAAGUUAUGAAAGAUGCUGUGCUCACAAGCAAGUGCUGUUUCACGAGUUUCUGUGACAAAUGUAUAAGAGAAUAUAUAAUUUCAAAGUCUGCUUGUGUAUGUGGGGCCACAAAUGUACUUGCUGAUGAUCUUUUACCCAACAAGACCUUGCGGGAUACAAUUAACCGGAUAUUGGAGUCCAACAACAGCAGUGGAGAUAUUGGUGGAGGUGCUUCUCAAAUACAAGAUAUGGAGUCACGGAUACCACAGCCCAGGGCACCAUCUCCUACACAUUCAAUGGCUUCUAAGGGGGAGCAGAUGCCUCCUCCCACUCAAAGGGAAGAGACUCCAAAGGUACAUGAAGUCAUAGAGGAGGCUAUGCCUGCUACAGCCACGCAGCAGACAAUGGACAAAAUGAGACUACCAAAAGUUGCAGAUGCUUCUGAAGCCACGCAUGAGUCAAUGAGCCUGAAGGAACCAGUAUCUCAAGGAAGUGCCCCCCUUGCUGAUGAAGAAGUUCACCAGAAACCUGGUGAGGCAGCUAAGAAGAAGAAAAAGAAGAAAACUCGUGUUCCAAUGCCUGGCAUGGCAACUGCUGAUAUGCAAUGGAGAGCUGCCCAGGACCUUGCAGCUGAGAACUACAUGAUGCCCAUGGGCCCUGCUGCUUAUAACCCUUACUGGACAGGCAUGCAGCCUGGAAUGGAUCCAUUCAUGCCCCCAUAUCCUGGUGCGGUUCCUUAUAUGGGUUUUGGUCUUGGUCCUGGUCCACUGGAUCCCUUUGGAGGUGUCUUACCGCCGGAUCCCUUUGGAGGUCAAGGCAUGUUGCCUUUUGGUCCGCCUCAGAGGGAUCUUGCCGAUUUUGGAAUGGGGUUUAAUGCUGGACCUCCUUUGAUGAGUCGAGAGGAAUUUGAAGCUAGAAAAGCUAACGUGAAAAGAAAACGCGAAAUUGAAAGACGGGAUGGCCGAGAACUAGCUAAAGAUCGAGAUUAUGAUGGCCGAGGAAUGAGCAGCAACAUUGACAUGUCCUCAUUGAAGUUCAAAUCUAAGGCCGUUCCGCCUGCUUCAAGCUCGGAUCAUCCCCAUCGUUACCGGUCAGAUAGACCCUCCCCUGAUCGCCGCUCCCGUGAUAGGCCUUCCCCCGAUCGCCGUUCCCGUGAUAGACCUUCCCCGGAUCGCCGUUCCCGUGAUCCUGAACUUCCCCGUCCAUCUUCAAAGAAGAAAUCUGAGCACGAUGAUGACCAUUAUCGUAGUCGUCACCGAGAUCAUCGUGACCAGAAAAAGGAUGAGCGCCACCACCAGGAAACUGAUCACCAUCAUCGGGAACCCAAGGAUGAUCGCCAUCACCGUGAUCAUCCUCACCGAAGUAGCAGUAGCAGUCAACAUCGUGCAGAAUUGGCUGCCAAAGCGGCUGCCAAAGUAGCCCCGGAAGCUCCGUCAUCGCCAUCUAGUAAAACCAUGUCAGCUGCAGACAAGAAGAAGGCUAGUGUAUUUUCUCGUAUUAGUUUUCCUGCUGAAGAUCAAGUAGCUGCUUCGAAGAAGCGAAAGCUGUCGUCAUCAUCCGAGCCACCAGCCACUGCUUCAGGAACUCAUAAAGCUUCAUCAAAUGGUCACUAUGAAGCCAAAGUGCCUUCAGGAAGCACAAAAAAAAGUGCUACCUCUGCUGCUUCAUUAGAUUAUGAAAGCAGUGAUGAUGAUAGGCAUUUCAAGAGGAGACCAUCGAGGUAUGAGUCGUCACCACCGGUUGCAGCUACUAUGGAUCGGGAGGAGGAGCCCCGGCACUCCAAGGGGUCUAAGGAGAGGGAGAGAGAGAAGGAACGAGGAAGCUACAGCAAACACAGGUAGCUUGUUUCUGAAGUCUUAUCUGGUGAAGCUGAUGUCGACGUGAUGAAGGAGCUCAGAGAAUCGACAGGACAAUGCAUUUAUGGGGUUGAUGUGUAGCAUGGAUGGAGGAGAGCAAACAUCGACCUCUGGCAACAUGCUCUUCCUGUUUGGGGAGUUUGGCUGCUGGCAGGCUGAGGAUGGGAGGAGGGUGCUGAUGGCCGGGGCUGGGUAGUUGACGAAGGAAUGACUGCCUAUUGGCUCUUUUUGUACCUUUGUUUUAUUAUCUUGUAUGGCCGGAUUAUAUAAGGUCAUUACAAAACUGUGAUUCUGGUCGGUUGGAGCUCUUUAAAUUGGCUCAAUAGCAUCCAGGACUUUUGUAAUCUUACCCUAACAAUUGAUGUUCAAUAAGUUGACCUUUACCAUUUAUGUCAUCCGUGUCACCUUGUCCUGAAUUUGGUAAUUCUAAAAUUUUAGGUCUGAUCUGUUUUCGCC